AUGUCAAUGCUUAGAUUUGUUAAUGAUAGAUCCUUGCCAGAGAAAAGAAAUUUCAAAACUACAAUCAUUACAUUUACUGAUAAUACUGGAUUGGCGACAGCACCAGCAACAUUAUUACUAAAUGUUAAUAAGAAUGGAGAAGUAAACAAUGCUUGGGAUGCAGCAAGCGGUGUUCAUGGCGACGCUUUUAAAAGCUCUAUUUCUACUAAUACGAAUAAUCAAAAUGAUAUUUUUGAUGUAAAUAAUGAUAAUUCUAAUUUUGCAUUUCGCAAUAAUAAUGAAACUAAUUCGGAUGAAAGAGAUGAAGAAAUACCAGAUGAAGUGGAUGAUAUAAUUGUUCAUUUGAUUAAACAUAAUUCAGCGUUAAACAAUUUCCGAAUAGCUAAAAAACCAAAUUCAAAUACCACAAAAUCAUCACCUUCUUCUUCCGCCAUCACACCACCAUCACCAACAUCGUUGUCACCUAGAAAAAAACCAAAUAAUAUACAUAGAGAUAAAAAAAUGAAUAAUAACAAAGAAUGUUUAAAAAUAAUUUCAGGAUUGGUUAUAAUAAUAAUAAUUUUAUUUUUCGUUCUUAACUUGGUUGUUUCAAAUAUAUUUUCAAUUGCUGGAAGUGAUGACAAUAUAAAAAACGCAAUGGAUUGCUAUUAA